GAAGUAACCUUCUGGUUAAGAAUCUCUUUUUAAAGAAAAGAGGAAGACGGUGAGACGGGAGCUAUCUUCAUUUUAUUGAUUUUAGUGCUCCCCUCUCGCAAUGGAACAGUGCGUUGCAGAUCUUGCUGAUAUGCAAGAAGAAGAAGAAUUUCCAGACGAAUUCCAGUGUUGCGUUUGCCUGGAUAUCAUGUACAAGCCUGUGGUUUUAGCUUGCGGUCAUAUUUCUUGCUUUUGGUGUACAUUUAAAGCCAUGUGCAAUUCCAUGCAGUCUCAUUGUCCCAUUUGUCGCAACCCGUAUAAUCAUUUUCCUAGAAGCUGUGGAUUGUUGCAUUUUUUACUCCUCAAGUUAUAUCCAUCGCCCUACAAAAGCAGGGCAAAACAAGUUGCAGGUUUGAACUUCUUGUAUUUAAUUUGUGAUAAGUUACUCUUGAGUCAUUUCAUGAGAUAUGCUGUCCAGUUAGAUUGCAAGGGGAAAUGGGAACUUUUUGUCAUUGACAUGCUCGAAUCGGCCAAUAAUGUUUUUUCCUUGUUCAGUCCAGUUUAUUGGAGGCUGAUUGCAUCUACUUUUUAUAUGUUUUCUGACUCUGCACAGAUAUAUCCUAUUACGGGAGUAAGAUAUAAAUGCAAAGACUGCGUGGAGAAAAUUGGUUUCGACCUUUGUGAGAGUUGUUACAAAAUUUCCGCCAAGCUUCCUGGUCGAUUUAACCAGCAGCAUACUAUGGACCACAAGUUUGAUGCUAUACAACCUAAUUUUGUUAUGGUGCUGUCAAGCUUUGGGGCUGAACUGUCUGCAGAAGAUGAUGGAUCUGGUUUUGGCUCAGAGGACGACGGUGUAGCUUAGUUUAAUACAUCGCCAAGGUGGAUGGUCCAUAAGAAUAAGCUACACCGAUACCAAAUACCUCUUGAAACGAUCGUUUAGACGAUCAGGUUAGCAAUUCUGCCAUUCCUCUUCAUGAAAGAUGACUCUGCCUGCUUGGAAUGGGAUCCUUGAAUGAUAUUUUAUGUGUGGAUAUUAUUUCGAUAAAUACCCUUAAAUUGUACCGAUGUGUGUGAUCUGCUCUAAGUUCUUUCUUUUGGUGUUUUCAAAUUGAACAGAUACUGUAACUUUGGUAUUAUCCGAACCAUAAACCAUUACACACCCUAAUUACA